AUGGCCUACAGAGUCUGGCAACGACUACGUAAACCUGCCCUCUUACCUCUGCAAGAGGCCCUGCGAAGGCCCUAUUGGGCGGCUGCCAAGAACAGGAGCGCGGUCGACAGUGCCUGGAUCCUGGCAGCGGAUGCGGAGCAGAAUGCAGAGGCAGGGCGGCACACGGCCACCAUCAUUGCUGACUACAGCAAGUACUACGAGCUGAUUCCCCUGGACGAAGCAAGGGACAAGCUGCUGAGGCUUGGAAUGCCCUUGGCGAUGGUAAAAAUUGUGUACAAUCAGUGGAGAGCACCACGAUUGAUACGUCUCCACCAGCAUCACGGCGCGCAGCCACGGCAUGCAAAGUUCGGCCUCCCAGCAGGCGAUGGCUACGCAGACGUGGUCAUAAAGGCGCACGCCAUCGAGCAGUACGAUAUCUAUGUCACGCUCCACCCGCUGGUAAGGUUCGCGUCCUACAUUGACGACACCUCCCUCGGUAUCAACGGAGCCACCAAGGAGAGUGUCAUCCUGCAGGCGGUCGAGGCGGGCAAUGCCUUUUUCAAUGUGGCUAAGAAGCUCGGCGCCCGUAUUAAUGAUAAGCUUGCUGUGGUGGCCAGCUCAAAUGAUAUUGGGAAGGAAGUGGUGCGGCAGCUGCAACUCCCUGCGGACAUGAAUCGCAGUCGGGCGACAUACCUGGGCACUGACUUCGCGGGCGCACGGAGGAGGCGAGGGAAGCUCCUCCGCGCCAAGCAGCAGGCACGCCACAAGAUCAACAAGCAGAGGCUUCGAAAGCUGGGGCGAUUCAGACAUCGACUACCAGGGCAGCAGACGCAGCGCACGGCCAAGAUAUUCCGAGCUGGAGCUCGACCUGCGGCCACCUUCGGCGUGGAGAUCACGGGCCUCACCGACAGGGAGCUCCACAAGCUGCGAACAGACUUCGACAAGUUCCGCAAACCCUGUCAUGGGGGUGUCUCGGCCUCGGCCAAGGUGGUGCUACUGGGCGACCCCGCAGUGGCGAUUGCGAUGGCGCCAGUGCUGCAGUGGUCGCGGAUGGUCUGGAUGGCAGACCCCCCCCCCUAUGCGUGCAUCGCCCACUUCGCGCAGUCGCUCGACGGCUUCGCGCACGUGCAGCAGUACGCCCACGUCAAAGCGCACCGCUCUGGGGACGAGUAUGCAGCGCUCUCCGACAGCCAGAGGAGGAUAACGGACGCGAACAUUGUAGCGGACCUCAGGGCCAAGGAGGCAGCGGCGAUCCACCCCGCCCCCGAGCCGCACGUAGUCGAGGAGAUGCAGAAGGGCGUAGACAGAAUUUCCCAGUUAGCGAAGCUGAUCGCCCACGUCAUGCCCAUCUUCGACAAGGACGACCAAAUCAGGUGGACCAGGAGGGCACCGACCUGGCGGCGAGCAGCGAGCACAAGGAAGGCAACAUGGCACCAAUGGCAAGAUGGCGAGCUGGGCGUGCAAUGCAUCACCUGCUUACAGUUGCACAUGCCUGGGCAACCGCUCCCCCUCACGGGGUGCCCUGGGACGCCCAUUUUCCUGCUGGACCAUCGGCGCAACCCCAAUGGCCACAAGCUGGUCGCGGUCAACCUGAAGGGCACCUUGGAGAGCGACGGGCAGGACACCUACAGGCCAGUGUUCAUCUGUGUCAAGUGUGGGGCUUGGGCGCUGCAGCGGCGCAAGGCCAAGUUGCGACAGCCCUGCGCAGUCGCCACUACCAAGGGCCUCGAGGUCCUCCACAACCUGAGGCGUGGCUUCGGUCCCUUCAAGAAGCUGAAGAAGUUCAUCGACAGCACCACCCCUCUUAGACGGCUGGAGACGACAAGAGAGGUUCACACCACUUUCACGAAGGUUGACAUCCUCAGUGGCACGGACGGGGCAGUGCCUGAGACCACGCAGUGCGUCAUCUCCUCGGCCGCGGCGGACAGCGUGGAGCACGUCGCGGAGUGUGCCGAUGCUGGGGCUGCUGGCGCGGGGGCGAUGCGCGGCUCGGAGGCGGCUUUCGACGGCUCGGGCGCGCUGGACGUACAGUACGUGGGCGCGCUGGGCGACGACGAGCACAUGGACUCCUUCGACGGCUCAGCCGCGCUGGACGUCGCGGUCGAGGGCGCGCUGGGCGACGACGAGCACGACGCCGAGGCUGCAGCUGCUGCGGAGGCGCUCGGCCUAGCGAUGGGCCUCGGCAGCUCGGGCACGCUGGACGACGGCCUCCUGGGCGCGCUGGGCUUCGGCGCUGAGGCGGCUGAUGCUGCAGAGGCGGGCACAUCGCUGGCGGUCGUCGACGGCUCGGACGCGCUGGGCGUCGACGCCAAGGGCGCGCUGGACGACGCGGAGCACGACGCGGAGGAUGCAGCUGCGGGGGCGGCGGACUGCCUUUCAGCGGGCGCCGACGGCUCGGACGCGCUGGACGUCGACCCCGUGGGCGCGCUGGACGACACCGCGCACGACGCCGAGGAGGCUGCUGCGGGGGUGGCGAGCGGCUCGGCCGCGGCCGGUGGCGUGUCGGGCGCGCGGGACGGCCACGCCGCGACGGCACUGGGCCCGCUGGGCUUCGCCGAGCGCGUCGCCCGCCUCCUGGCGGCGGCUGGCGCGCGUGAGCAGCAGGCCCCUGGCGCAGCCGCACCCGGCCUGGACGAGCGCGACGGCGCCAUUGCCUCGGCCGAGCUCGAGGGCAGCGGGCGCGGCGCCGAGGCAGCAGCAGCGGGGGCGGGCCCUGGGAUCCUCGGGCCGCACCGAGCGUACGAGGGCAAGGACGUGGGCAAGGUGGCGGCCUCGGCGGCCGCGUGGCCGCGCUGGACGGCGGCCGCCCACGGCGUCGCAGCUGCCGCUGCUGCUGCGUCGCCGCGGGCGGAGCGGGCCAGUGCCGACUCCGAGGAGUCGAGGGGCGACGCGGUGGCCAGGGCUGCGGCUUUCAAGCAGCUCGUCGCGCUGGCGCAGAGGUCGUGA